AGGGAGUGUAAAACCACCAUGAACGUCAAUUUUGUUUGUUAGUUGCUAUUUAUUUAUUUAUUUUUUCAAAAACGGUAUAUUUAUAUUACGCGUUAUUUUGUAAAUGGAGUAUUUUUGUGAUGAUUGAUAUGUAGGUUUGAAAGUCAUGUAGACAUAAAGAUUUGCAUAUCUAAAUUUGAUAUCAAAUCUAUUUAUCUCAACUUUUGACAAAAUUAAUGUUAUGUGAAAUGUGGCUGACGUGAACUUUCUAAGUCCACUUGAAUGUUUAUCAUUUCUUCAUUCAUCUGUUUCGUAAAGACUUAAAUUACCUUAUCACCGAAAAGUGUAGUGAAUACGUUUGAAACAAUUUUGACAUUCAAUAUAUGUACGGAUGUUUUGAUACUCGGUGAAGCAAUAAAUAUCAACAAUAAUUGUGAGUUAACAUUAAAAGGAUGUCACUCCCAAAGAAAUUACUGGAGCGAUAAAUGAAUACAAAUUAUAACCCGCUGAAUAAACUUAACAAUUUUGCUGAAGAUUAUGCUUUACAUUUAGACUGUAACUGUACUGAUACUUGUAGUCAAGUAAAAACAUUGUUUUACACUUAAAGUGAUAAACAACAAAUAUUUCAAAUAGUAGUUUUAGGCAAAUAAGUCUUUAUAGUAAUGGAUGGAGAUACCGUUGACAGGAAGGAUACUGUUGAAGCAGGUGGAGAAACCAGAAGAGACGGGGGAACUGCCAGGAGUGUUGUGUUAUACAGUGUAGAAGAUACACCGCCAUGGUAUCUUUGCAUACUUCUUGGAUUUCAGCAUUACUUGACGGCGGUUGGAGCAAUAAUCUCUGUCCCAAUACUGCUCAGUGGAUAUUUUUGCAUGGAUAAAGAUACAGUAGGAAUUAGCGAAUUAAUUGGAACUAUUUUCUUUGUAUCUGGUAUCGCUACACUGCUGCAGACGACAUUCGGAGUCAGGUUACCUAUCGUUCAAGGUGGGACGUUCACGUUUGUAACACCAACGAUAGCCAUCAUGCUUCAGCCUCAGUGGGAGUGUCCAUAUACUGUGGCAAGAGAUCAAAAUGGGACAGACGUCAAUUUUACAGCUCUCGGUUUACCGGAUAUAGGCAGUGACGAACACAGAGAAAUGUGGAUGAAAAGAAUAAGAGAGAUUCAGGGUGCUAUCAUGGUGGCCUCUAUUUUUCAAGUUGUUAUUGGUUUUAGUGGCAUAAUGGGCUUCUUACUCCGCUUCAUCGGCCCACUAGCAAUAACACCAACCAUUGCACUCAUAGGAAUAUCCUUAUUUGAGGCUGGGUCUUCAUUCGCCUCGCAGCAAUGGUGGAUUGCUCUCACGACCAUGUUUCUGAUAACCUUGUGCAGUCAAUACAUGAGAAACGUCAAUGUGCCUUGUUUCAGCGUUGCCAAAGGAAAGGGUUGCACUACGACAAAACUCCCGCUCUUCAGUCUUUUUCCGGUUUUAUUUGCCAUGAUCAUAUCCUGGAUUAUUUGUGCUAUUCUCACGGCGACUGAUGUUCUUCCUGACGACCCUAAACAAUGGGGCUACAGCGCCCGUACAGAUAUACAAAGUGAUGUUUUGUCUAAAUCAAAAUGGUUCCGGUUUCCUUAUCCAGGACAAUGGGGCCUACCAACAGUUAGCACUGCAAGCGUGUUCGGUAUGCUUGCCGGUGUGCUUGCGUCUAUGAUAGAAUCUGUUGGUGACUAUUACGCAUGCGCGAGACUAUCAGGGGCUCCACCUCCACCGACUCAUGCUAUAAAUAGAGGAAUCGGAGUAGAAGGAAUCGGGUGUAUUUUAGCAGGAGCUUGGGGCUCGGGAAACGGAACAACGUCAUACAGCGAAAAUAUCGGUGCAAUAGGGAUAACAAAGGUUGGCAGUGUGCGUGUCGUCCAGGUUGGUGGUAUAGUCAUGCUUAUACUGGGAUGUCUCGGCAAAUUCGGCGCACUUUUUGCCACGAUCCCCGGCCCUGUUAUAGGGGGAAUGUUCAUGAUCACCUUUGGAAUGGUAACUGCUGUGGGUUUAUCCAACUUACAGUAUGUAGAUUUAAACUCGUCUAGGAAUAUAUUCAUCCUGGGUGUAUCAAUAUUCUUUGGAUUCAGUAUGCCUGCCUGGCUGGCCGCUAACCCAACGUCUAUUGACACAGGGAAUGAUAUAGUAGACCAGAUACUGUCUGUCUUAUUGAGCACAAGUAUGUUUGUUGGCGGAGCUUUGGGCUUCAUUCUAGAUAAUACAAUACCAGGUACGGACGAGGAAAGGGGAAUCAAGAAAUGGAGAAAAUUAACAUUAGAGGACGAAGAAUCUACAGGAGGCUCUAGAAUGCAUAUUUAUGACUUGCCGUUAAUACAAAACUAUCUGGAUAACGUUCAAAUAUUCAAAUAUAUACCUUUUUGUCCAGCAUUUAUGAGAAAAUCACAUAACACGAGGCAAGCACCGUACGAUGGUAACGAGAAACGGACAGACGGAAAUGAAAAGCAUGGGGUGGAAAAUCCUGCUGUAGAAGUUGAGGAGGAUUACAAUACAAGAGUUUGAACUUUUUGUGCUUAAAAUGUGGCUUUUGUGAUACUGAGUGUUGAAUUUUCGUUUAAGAAUCUCUAAUGAAUGUGCGUCCCACUUAAUUUUUUUCUAACAGAAAAUCCUAAUCAGGACAAUUUCAGUUUUAUCAUAUUUGUCACAAUUUGCUUCAGCUUGCACUGUUAUUAUAAAAAAGGCAGUCAAUCGCAUUUUAAGCUAUAUUUUAUGAUGUUUUUCACUUUUGAUGUAUUUUGUUAACGAUUUAUUAAGAAAUAAGAAGACCCAUUACAUAGAGUUAAGUCUGUAUUAGAAUUCUAUUUCGAUUUUAAUAAAACUUUGUUAUUUCCACCUAUCUCUUUAAUAUGAACGUAUUUAAAAAAUGUGUAUUUCUUUUUAUUUCAAUACAAUUUAUAGUUCAACAUUUGCAUUUGAUAGAUAUUAGGAUAGUUCGACAAUUUGAACCGAAAGGCAAGUUUUAAAACUACGUGUGGCUUCUCAAUUUGUUUAUUUGCAAUUCAUGUUGGUUGAGCAACCCAGGUCAAACUUUUAUUUCUUGUAAAUCAUAGCUAAAUAUAGACUUUUAAUGGCAAUAUUUAUAUAAAUACAAAAGCUUAAAGCCGAGUCGUGUUUUAAAUGAAAAAAUCUUAUUGAAUCUAUUAUCGUAAUAAAGAGAAGGUUAUUUCGUUACGAGAAUAACGAAAAAAGAUCUCGUAAUUACGAGAAAAUGUAGGUGACCCCUAUUGUUUUAUUAUUAUUAUUAUUAUAUUAUUAUUAUAUACAACAUUUAUAUAGCACUCUUUUCAUAUAAAAAUACGUUCAAAAGUGCUUUACAUAAAAACACUUAUAUAAUGUUCAAUAAAAAAUGGCAAUUGAA